UUGUGGUUAAUCUUGAUGAAUGACGGAAUUAGCUUAUUUUUUGAGGGAAUAACAUUCAAUGGAUGUUCCGGAAACAUCCUGUUUAUAUUUUUCGUCUGGAAUGCCAAGAAUCGUUUGGAAUUCAAGAAAACGGCAAUAACAUGAGGGUUUUAUUACUGGUUUCAAUGUGUGUUGUGUUUGCUGUGGCUCAAGAAAUUGUCAUACCUGUUGGGAUUAAUGGCAACGACACUGUCACAUUUAUUAGAAACAGAGAUGCAUUUGGCAAUUACGAUGAAGGAUAUAACGAAAAUCAGCUAACGGGAGGUGCCUCUUUUUACAGAGAAAAAGGUUACGCAAACGGAACCAGAACCGGUUCCUAUGGGUACACAACCAGAAAUGGUCUCAUAAGAAUUGUGACAUACAUUGCCGAUAAGGAUGGUUACAGAGCUGAAGUCCUGACCAACGAACCUGGAGUAGGGACCCAACAACCUUCUAAUGUGACAAUCACAAAAGAAACGGAACCAGAUCCAUCUGCACUGACUCCCGGUUCAUCUGUUUCGAAUAAUGAAGUUGCAUAUAUGGUGGCGGCGAGUGAUGUAGUAAGAAAUUAUGUUGUUUUGCCUAACAGUCGCAGAUUCUCAACUCGUUGAAUAUGUUUGAAUACAGCUGUUAAAUAUUUGAAAAAAAUGACAAUAAUAAGGAACUUGAAUAAAAUCCUAUUUAGG